GGCCGCGCGCAGGGGCCGCGCACAGAGGCGCUGCUCUGCCGUGCGCUUUUACGCACCGCUCUCAGUCUGCUGUUCUCUGUGCUCCUCCUCUGUGCUCCUCCUCUGUGCUCCUCCUCCUCCUCCUCUCCGUGCGCUCUGACGCGCAGACACAGUGUUGUUCUCUGCGGACAUGGGAGCCCAACAGACACGCGCCGAGCACAACAACCAUGACCUCUCCGACAAAACGGGAUUUUCAAUGGAACAAAUUAAGAUUCUUCAGAAGAGAUUUCAGAAGCUGAGUGGAGGCUCCGAGACCAUCAGCAGAGAAAACCUGAACAACAUCCCCGCCCUCGCUGACAAUCCAAUCAAAAAACAAAUCAUUGAAGCUUUCUUUGAUAAAAGGAACCAGCACAACGGCGAGGUCGGGGCGUACGACCAGAUCGGCUUUGAGGAGUUCCUGAUGGUCAUGUCUCACUUCCGUCCCCCGUCACUGAGGACGACAGAAGACGAGAAGAAGAGACUGAGGAAAGAGAAGCUCCGCUUCCUUUUCAACAUGCACGACACCGACAGCGACGGCAAGAUCACGCUGGAGGAGUACAGGAAGGUCGUGGAGGAGCUGUUGUCCAGGAGCGGCGCCAUCGGCCUGGACGCCGCCAGGGCCAUCGCGGACGCCGCCAUGUUGGAGGUGGCGAGCACGAGUAUGCCCGACAUGCCCGCCGACUACUUUUAUGAAGGAAUAACAUUUGAACAUUUUGAACAGAUAUUAAACGGCCUGGAGAUGGAGUCGAGGAUGCACAUCCGCUUUCUGGACGUGAACACGGUCACGAUGCGCUGUGACCGGAAAUGAGAAAGGUCACUGGAUGCGUCAGUAAAAGGAUGUGGGCUUGUUUUGAGAUGAAGCUGAUCAGAAAAACAGUGUGAAUGUUUAUC